AUGGCGGCCUCCUUGCGAGUUGUUUCUCGACGACUGUUUGUCAGAAACAACCUCCGUGGCGUCGUGGCCCUCCACUUUUCGGCUCCAAAUUCUGCUUCUCCAGAUAAAGUGACUCACACUGGACAGGUGGUUAAGGAUUUCGCUUAAUUACGGCACAGUCAAAAUUUUUAAUGACUUAAAUGACUUUUGUGGGCACAUAUAUCAGACUUGUAACGCUAAUUAAGUUCUCUGAAAUUUGUAGCAAUGGGAACCAAACGAUUACAGAAUGGCCCGCUUUACAGACAGGCCAAAGGAGGUAAGGCAUUUUUAUUUACAAGCAAGGUAUUACAGGCCAGCUUUGGCGCAAUAAAGAGCUGACUGGGUGGUAUCAUCAGUAAACAUUUAAGUCAUAUUGCAUCACAUGCAGUUUAUCGUGCAACUUUAAGUUCUAAUUUUCGCCUACCUGUAGGUAAAUGAGAAGUUUGCAAUUGACCUGGUCGCAGAAGAACCACCAAUUGAGAUUCAUGGGCGUCAUGUAUGGUGUGAUGGAGGUUAAGUCUUCUUCCUUGCCUUACUGCUUUGUAUUGUUUGAACCUAAGAGUGAUCGGUAUUUGUGUAGUCUGAUGGUGUGAGCAAGAUUUUAAAAAAGAGUUUUGGGCAAGAUUUCCGCACAGCCCCAUACUUCAUUAUUCAUACAGUGCUAAGAUAAAGAAAACAAUGGUGAAAGCAAUGAUUGCCUGACGAACUGCUGCUUUGUUUUACUAUAGAAUGGGUUUAUAUGGAAAUCUUUCCAACCUUUGCUUUAACCCCAUAUAAAAAGGAAGUCUUAGGAUUAACAGUAAAGAGUUUUUUUGGUCAUUUUUUUUUAAUCUACAAACUAGGAAAGUAUGGGGUUAUAAGGAAAUCUUGAUAUCCGACUGUUUUGAAAACUUGAGUCAGAGUCAUUGAGGUCUCUGUCAUUCACUUUUGCCCACAACUGUCUGGCAAGAUUAUCUUUACUAAGAUGAUCAGUCCUCAAAUUCAAUUUUAAAGCAUCACAUUACACUGAGCAUGUGUUCUGUGUUAAUUCAAAUUAACAAAUGUUUUAGAGGAAAAACUUAGCCUGUUCUUAAAUACUUUGUGAAUCAUUUCUAGCUGCACAUACAAAGUCUGCAUGGUUUGUUUUGUUUUUUCCUCUGUCAAAUGUACCUGUUUGGCUUCUUUCAAACUUUUAAUGUUUUAUAUAUUCGGGAGGCAGAAGAAGAGAUUUACUCUCAAAGUCGGAAAACUUUGGACACGUGAUGUAAUUUGGGACUGUAAUGUUUGUUGUGUGAUAACCAUCACACUGGAGAUCAUUACAUACAAAAAAACCACAAAUUGAUCCACUUAUCACUCUUACUCACAGAUUAGUUUUCUCACAUCUGAUUGGCAGGUAUUUUUGCCCACUUAUUUCUGAGUUCACAGUGAUCCUGGAUAAAUAAAAGCUGCAUAUUAUUAUAAGCUGUGAAGAAAAUUUGAUUUGCUUGUCUCCUCACUAAUUCUUGUUAUCUUAGGAGGAGGACCUCUUGGACAUCCUAAGGUGUACAUCAACUUGGUAGGAAUUACUGUAUUUUGUGCAAAUUUUCUGUCUGGUAAAACAAACCUCUGCAUGUUUCAUGUACAUGUACAUGUGUUGUGUCUUGAUGCCCCCCUCCCCCUCCCUCCUCCCCCUCCCCUCUUCUCUGCUUGAGGGAAUGUCUGUUAAUGGGAUAAGAGCACUUACAGACAGAUUGUAAGGUAUAGAAUCUGUCUCAGUUUUCAAUUUUUAACACAAUAACAGGUCACAGUUUUCCACACCUGUUUUCAAUAAUUCCUUACAUUCUUAAUCAACUCUGUAACUAACAAACUGAUUCAUUAUUGUGGGGAUUAUUUCCCUUUAACUAGACUAAACAUUUUUGGAUCUUAGUAUAGCAAGAUUAAGGGAUAAGGUUUGUUAGCUUAUUGUACAAUGCCAUACUUAUCAACUGGGUGGGAAGACCUUCCUAACAGUCAAUAAGCAUUUUAUCACAUGAUGGCCACUUUUCCUCUUUCUUCUUUUUUUCAUGCACUUCUUUUGUCCCACAUCCCUUCUCACACUGUCCCAUAUGGUCCUCUUAUCAAGAUUUCUAAUGAUGUUUACGGGCAAUUGGAAUUCUGUAAGAAUGCACUACACAACACAAACAAAUUAAUGUUUAUGUGCUGCAGGACCAGGAAGGACCUCAUGCCUGUGGUUAUUGUGGAUUAAGAUAUGUCAUGGUUGCUGAUCAUCACUGAAGAAAGAAGAUGGACCUGCUGCUUAAUGUUACUGUUAAGUAACUAAGAGAACUUUGAAUGACAAUGUAAAUACAAAGAGCUGGGUGACUGUUACUGGAAAUCAGUUUAUAUUAUUUUGUCAAUUUCUAACUCAUGAAGACUUCUAUCCUCUUAUGAGAGGCAAAUUAAAUCAUUUUUUAAGGAAACAAUUUCACAGACUGAAGAAAUUUUGGAAGAGGGGUGCCAGAAAAACUAAUAAAUGACUUGAAAUCCAUAUUCCUAUGUACUACUCUUCUUUGUGUUUUGUAUUGUGUGC